AUGAAGAAGGAGCAUCAUUUGGCUACGAAGCUAGGAAAAGAGGUUCUAGGUUCUGGGGUGAGGAAAUCCAAGACUGUACAAUCUUCAUUUUCCUUUUCUGUCAAUGGUAAGUUUGGUAACAACAUUGCUCAUUCUCUCUUUCUCCCCUCUCCCCCUAUGGCAUGGAUUCUUCUUCCUUCUGGUGGCAUCCUAACCCUGAGGGGACUGCAACUUCUUGGUCUGACUGGUUUAGGAUCUAGUACUGGGUUUGAGCAUUUGCAUUAUAUGUUUGAGAGGGUCUGGGAUCCAGUGAUAGUUCUAGGAGCCCAAAAGCAAAUUAGCUACUACUUCUUGAAUCUUAUUUUUGAGUUGUGUUGUGAAGCUCGGAUGAUGUGUAGUGUCUUAGUCUGUACAGUAUGGUACAGUCUGUUGAGGAAAGCU